CUGUGGAAUCUGAUCAGCCCUCUCUCCCUUCUUUUCUCAAUUCUUAAACUCCCAACAAAGGAUAUCAGCAGAAAUACCAAGGUACUUUUGCUCGCUGUGCUUUAUUUCUUAAGUAUUAUGGCAGGGCUUGAUGGUCAAGCUAAAUUUGUUGAGGGUAGUGACUUCGUGGCCAUCUUAUCAUCUCAAGGGAUAGAUUAUCUUUUAUCUGGUGAAGGAAAGGUGCCCUUGUCAUCAUGUGAUUGUAAGGUACUUUGCCUCUUCUUCUCGGCAAACUGGUGCAGGCCAUGUAAAGCAUUUGCUCCCCAGCUUGUGAAAAUUUAUAAUAGCCUAAGAGGUACUGGUAAAAAACUAGAGAUUGUCUUCAUCUCCUUCGAUCGCGAUGAGGAUGGAUUCAAGGAACACUUCAAGUGUAUGCCAUGGCUUGCUGUCCCAUUUGAAGUAAACUUGCAUAGACAUUUGAGUGACAUCUAUCAUGUUAAUCGCAUUCCAUCAUGUAUCUCGUUGGGUUCAGAUGGAAUAUCAGUUGAAGAAGAUAUGAUUGGAUUGAUUGAAGACUUUGGUGCUGAAGCAUUUCCCUUCACCAGGGAAAGAUUUGACGUACUGAGGUCUAUCGAUGAUGCAAAGCGUCAGGGAGGAAAAUUACAGCAACUUCUGGCACAUGAAGGACGAAACUAUGUUUUGUCAGGAGAUACUAGAAAGAUAUUUGUAUCUGAACUUGCUGGCAAGACAAUAGGCCUUUACUUUGGCGCACACUGGUGCCCUCCAAGCCGUGCCUUCACCACGCAACUUAUCCAAAAUUACAACGAGAUCAUAACCACCAAUGAUGGAUGCUUUGAAAUUAUCUUAGUCUCCACAGACCGAGACCUUAAAGAAUUUAAUACCAACCUAAGUAACAUGCCAUGGCUUGCUAUUCCAUACGAGGACAGGACACGGCAAGACCUUUGCAGGAUCUUUAACAUUAAAGGGAUUCCAGCUUUGGUCAUUAUUGGACAAGAUGGGAAGAUCAUUAGCACAGAUGGGAAAGCCAUGAUUUCCUUAUAUGGUGCCAAGGCCUUCCCAUUUACAGAGUCAAGGAUUACAGAGAUCGAAGCAACUUUGAAGGAGGAAGGAGAUGCAUUACCUCGGCAAGUAAAAGAUAUAAAGCACCAACAUGCUCUGAAGUUGGACAUGGCAAAAGCAUAUGUAUGUGACUGCUGCAACGGCCAAGGCAAGUUCUGGGCAUUCUCUUGUGAUGUGUGUGAUUAUGACCUUCAUCCAGCAUGUGUAGAAGAGGCAUGCUCAGACUGUUUAAUGAAAGUUGGCGAUAUUAAUAUAACAGCCUAAAUGUAAUUCUUGAAAGACUUGAAUGAAGAAUAAAUUACCUUACUUUCCAAGAAAAUUACUUGAAUGAAGAAUAAAUUACCUUACUUUCCAAGAAAUUUUUUUUACUUGUCUAUUUAUUUAAUGUAACAAACUGAUUUUGUGCAA